AUGGCCAACAGCUCUUUCCGCGGCCCCAAACAUGGGCGCCGUGGCUCGGCCUACCUGGAGGCUGAGUUCAGCUGCUCGCUCCAGGAAUUGCGCUCGCUCAUGGAGCUGCGGGGGGAUGAUGCCCAGGACAGGAUACGACAAAACUACCAGGAUGUCAACGGACUCUGCACCAGGCUUAGAACUUCCGCUCUCGAAGGUCUGGACGGUUCGUGGGAGGACCUGGAGCUUCGGCGGCAGGCUUUCGGGCCUAACGUGAUACCCCCCAAGAAGCCAAAAACCUUUGUGCAGUUAGUGUGGGAGGCGCUGCAGGAUGUGACACUCAUCAUCCUGGAAGUAGCCGCCGUCAUUUCACUUGGCCUUUCUUUCUACAGACCACCGCAUGCCGACAGGGACAGUUGCGGGAGUGCGGCGGGCAGCGUGGGCGAUGAGGGAGAGGCAGAGACAGGUUGGAUCGAGGGUGCAGCCAUCCUGCUCUCAGUGGUUUGCGUGGUGCUGGUGACGGCCUUCAACGACUGGAGCAAGGAGAAACAAUUCCGAGGCCUCCAGAAUCGAAUUGAACAGGAGCAAAAGUUCAGCGUGUUGCGCGCAGGGCAGAUGACGCACAUUAAAGUGUCAGACAUCGUCGUGGGCGACAUCGCGCAUGUCAAAUAUGGUGACCUCCUCCCCGCCGAUGGCAUCCUUAUCCAAGGCAAUGACCUGAAGAUUGACGAGAGCUCCCUAACCGGAGAGUCAGACCAUGUAAAGAAGAGUACAGACAAAGAUCCUAUGCUGCUUUCAGGCACCCACGUUAUGGAGGGCUCGGGGAAGAUGGUAGUGACGGCGGUAGGUGUGAACUCUCAGACGGGCAUCAUCUUUGCGCUGCUCGGCGCCAAUGAUGACGGGGGUGAUGGAGAUGAUGACAAGACUGAGAGGAAGAAGAGAAGGAAGGAGGAACGCAAAAAGAGGGAGAAGAAGGACAAAAGAAGUAAAAAGGAUGAAAAAGGCAAGAAAGGGAAGAACAAAGAUGGUGUACCCGUGGAGAUGGAACCACUUAAUGAGGAUGCUGAACCAGAGAAGAAGAAAAACAACCUGAGGAAGAAGGAGAAGUCCGUCCUCCAAGGGAAGCUGACCAAACUGGCUGUGCAGAUAGGAAAAGCAGGCCUCUUCAUGUCAACGCUGACCGUCAUCAUCCUCAUCGUUCGCUUCCUUUUGGACACCUUCUGGAUUCAGGGCAUUCCCUGGACCAGCGAGUGUGUGCCCGUCUAUAUGAAGUUCUUGGUCAAGUUUUUCAUCAUCGGCGUGACUGUUCUGGUAGUUGCUGUGCCAGAAGGUCUCCCUCUGGCUGUCACAAUAUCUCUUGCCUACUCUGUCAAGAAAAUGAUGAAGGACAACAACCUGGUGCGCCACCUGGACGCCUGUGAGACCAUGGGCAAUGCCACAGCCAUUUGCUCUGACAAGACUGGUACACUGACCAUGAACCGAAUGACGGUGGUCCAGGCCUACGUGGCUGGCUGCUAUCACAAGAAGGUGCCCGAGCCCAGCCUGGUCCCUGCAAAGAUACUGGACCUGCUGGUUCUGGGAAUUGGGGUCAAUUGCGCCUACACUACUAAGAUUAUGCCCCCUGACAAGGAGGGCGGUCUUCCUCGUCAGGUGGGCAACAAGACGGAAUGUGCCUUACUGGGACUGAGCUUGGACCUGAAACGGGACUACCAGAGCAUCCGCAAUGAGUUUCCUGAAGAGAAGCUAUUCAAGGUGUACACCUUCAAUUCGGUCAGGAAGUCCAUGAGCACCGUGCUCAAGAACCAUGAUGGCAGCUAUCGUAUGUUCAGCAAGGGAGCCUCUGAGAUCCUGCUCAGGAAGUGUUGCAAAAUUUUGAUGGAAAAUGGUGUGGCCAAAGCCUUCAAGCCUCGUGACCGAGAGAAACUGAUGAAGACAGUGAUCGAACCCAUGGCCUCUGAAGGUCUGAGAACCAUUUGCCUCGCCUACCGGGACUUCACCUCAGCUGACCAGCCUGACUGGGACGAUGAGGCAGACAUCCUCACCGGGCUUACCUGUAUUGCCGUAGUCGGCAUUGAGGACCCUGUCAGACCUGAGGUGCCAGAAGCCAUCAGGAAGUGCCAGCGUGCGGGCAUCACUGUCCGUAUGGUGACAGGAGACAACAUCAAUACGGCACGUGCCAUUGCCAGCAAGUGUGGCAUCCUGCAUCCUGGCGAUGACUUCCUGUGCCUGGAGGGAAAAGAGUUCAACAGACGCAUACGCAACCAGCUUGGCGAGAUCGAGCAGGAGCGUAUUGACAAAAUCUGGCCAAAACUCAGAGUCCUCGCCCGGUCGUCACCCACCGACAAACACACCUUAGUCAAAGGUAUCAUCGACAGCGCGGUGCUGGAGCAGAGGCAGGUUGUUGCAGUAACUGGAGAUGGCACCAAUGACGGGCCCGCUCUCAAGAAGGCAGACGUCGGCUUCGCCAUGGGCAUCGCUGGUACGGACGUGGCGAAGGAGGCGUCGGACAUCAUCCUGACCGAUGAUAACUUCAGCAGCAUUGUUAAGGCUGUCAUGUGGGGGCGCAAUGUCUACGAUAGCAUCUCAAAGUUCUUGCAGUUCCAGCUUACGGUCAACGUGGUGGCCGUUAUCGUGGCCUUCACCGGCGCCUGUGUGACACAGGACUCUCCCCUGAAGGCUGUGCAGAUGUUGUGGGUCAACCUGAUCAUGGACACCUUUGCCUCGUUGGCGCUGGCUACGGAGCCACCCACUGAGGCGCUGCUGCUACGCAGCCCAUAUGGGCGCAGCAAGCCAUUGGUUUCACGCACUAUGAUGAAGAACAUCUUGGGACACGCUGUCUACCAGCUCACUGUCAUCUUCACCCUGCUCUUUGUCGGUGAGAUUCUGCUGGACAUGGACUGUGGUCGCAACGCGCCUCUACACGCACCUCCGUCGGAGCACUACACCAUGGUAUUCAAUACCUUUGUGCUCAUGCAGCUCUUCAACGAGCUCAACGCUCGCAAGAUCCACGGCGAGCGCAAUGUAUUCGAUGGUGUCCUCGACAACCCCAUCUUCUGUUCCAUUGUGCUCGGAACUUUCCUCAUUCAGGUGCUAAUCGUGCAGUUUGGUGGCAAGCCUUUUAGCUGUGUGAGUCUGAGCAUAGAGCAGUGGCUCUGGUGCAUCUUCCUGGGCUUUGGCAGCCUCCUUUGGGGACAGCUGGUGUCCAGCAUACCCACACGUUGGCUGAAGUUCUUGAAGACAGCGGGCCACGGUACUAAGCAGGAGGAGAUCCCAGAAGAGGAGCUGGAGGAGAUGAAGGACCCUGACGAGAUCGACCACGCCGAGAUGGAGCUGAGGAGGGGCCAGGUGCUCUGGUGCCGGGGGCUGCAGCGAAUACAGACGCAGAUCCGUGUGGUGAAUGCCUUCCGCGACAGCGUGUCCCCGUACGAGAACCUAGAGACGCCCGAGUCUCGCAGCUCCAUCCACAACUUCAUGACCCACCCUGAGUUCCGCAUCGACGACUCGGAGCCUCAGAUCCCCCUCAUUGACGAGAUGGAGGGCGAGGAUGACGCGCCAACGAAGCGCAACUCCGUGGUGCUCCCCAACAACACCCUCAUUGCCACCUCCCUCCCAGAGCGCUCCCAACUGCCACCCCCACUGCUCAAAGACCAGGCCCCUCAGGCCAGAGCUGCGGGGUUAAUCUCCGCCAACUCUGGGGGGCUACCCCCCUGUCCCGGUAGCCCACUGCACAGUUUGGAGACUUCGCUGUGA